AUGGCAUUAUCUGGAGCAACGAGUGGUGGGCGACGGAGGGAAGCCAGGCUUUUGAGCCGCCCGGGGGGUAUUCAUACGUUGGAAGUGCCGGAGGGGUUGGAGGAGAUGGUGACGCUGUUUCAUGUUAGGGGGGCGUAUAUCUAUGUUGAUCCUGAUGGGAAUCCGGUUGGGGUGGAGGAUGUUUUCACCAAGCUUGCUAGUGCAAAAGCUCAUUAUGAAAAGGUUGGGCUUAGAGCAGACUUUGUUGAUCAGUUUAUUCGGUGA